AUGUCCAUGCCACGGGGCCUCCUCGACGGCAAGACGGCCAUCAUCACCGGCGGCACGACGGGCAUCGGUCGCGCCAUUUGCCUCGAGUUCCUUCGCCAGGGCGCCCACGUCGUCGUCAACCACUUGGGCCUCGGCCGAGACCAGCCGCACCUAGAAUCCCUCCUCGCCGAGGCGGCCGCCCUGCGGGGGACUGCUGCCAGCGCAGGCCGUCUGACCCAUGAAGUGGGCGAUGUUCGCGAUCCCCGCACGGCGGCGAAGCUCGUCGAGACGGCUGUGGCGCACUCGGGAUCGGCGAGACGGCUGGACAUUUGCGUCUCCAACGCCGGCGUCUGCACCUUUGCCGACUUCCUCACGCUCGCGCCUGAUCUCUUCACCACGACGGUCGACACCAACCUCAGCGGCGCUUUCUACGUCACGCAGGCGGCGGCAAGGCAGAUGGCCCUCCACCAGACGCCCCCCGGCGGCAGCAUCAUCGGCAUCAGCUCCAUCUCCGCCCUCGUCGGCGGCGGGCAGCAGACGCACUACACGCCCACCAAGGCCGGCGUCCUGAGCCUCAUGCAGAGCACGGCCGUCGCCCUCGGCAAGCACGGGAUUCGGUGCAACGCCCUGCUUCCGGGCACCAUCCGCACCCAGCUCAACGAGGAGGACCUGCGGGAGGAUUCGAAGCGCGAGUACAUGGAAGGCCGCAUCCCGCUCGGCAGAACGGGGGAGCCCCGCGACGUCGCCGGGCCCGCCGUCUUUCUCGCCUGCGACGAGCUGAGCGGUUACGUCACGGGCGCCCAGCUCCUGGUCGAUGGCGGAUUGUUUGUCAACUUGCAGUGA